GGAGUUUCCAAGCAAAGCGCCAAUGGAGAAAAAUCUUCACCGCCUUGUCUUGGGCCUGUAUCUCCUCAAUGCGUGGGGAGGAGCGAGCGCGAGCCUGGUGCCCGCAUUGUUCGUGUUUGGCGACUCGACGCUGGACACGGGCAAUCUCAACUACAGGCCCAACACCGUGCAUUUGAUCCGGACGGAAGAGCUUCCCUAUGGCCGCGACUUCGUUCCUCCGGGGCCGACUGGGCGAGCCUCCAAUGGCAAGCUCGCCACAGAUUUCUUGGCGGGGUUUCUGGGGCUUCCCACUCCAAUUGACGAUCUCGAGCCGGACGCGCAGGGGCGAAAGCUCUUCCAAGGGAUCAACUUCGCGGCCGGAGGCUCCGGCAUUCUUAAUGGCACAGGACUGACGACCGUAUCCCUGUCGCAGCAGCUUGAUGCCUUUGAGGGCUCCAUCGCCAGCAUCAACAAACUCAUGGGAUCACAGGAAUCAUCCAGGCUCCUCGCAAACUCGCUCUUUCUCCUCAGCACUGGGAACAACGAUCUCUUCAACUACGUCUACAAUCCAAAGGCGAGGUUUCGCUACUCCCCGGAGUCUUAUAACACUCUUCUCCUCUCCACGCUUUCCAGAGAUCUCGAGAGACUUUACAGCUUGGGAGCUCGAAAGCUCGUCGUCCUCUCGCUUGGUCCCCUCGGAUGCACGCCACUCAUGCUUAAUCUUCUCAACUCGGACGGCUCCUGCAUUGGCGAGGUGAAUAAUCAAGCCAAGAACUUCAACGCGGGCUUGCAAUCGCUGCUCGCCGGGCUGCAAACCAAACUUCCCGGGAGCCGGCUGCUCUACGCAAACGCGUACGACAUUCUCUUCAGCGCAAUCCAGGACCCCCGAAAACACGGCUUUCGAUACGGGAACGUUGCUUGUUGUGGAUCUGGGAAGUUUCUGGGGUCAGUUUUGCAGACUUGCAGUGGCCGGACUUCAGUGUGCGCUGAUUCGAACGAAUACGUCUUUUGGGACAUGGUGCAUCCUACACAAGCCAUGUACAAGCUCGUCACAGACGAACUCUAUGCCGAGCUUGUGAAAUUCAUCCUCUAAAAUCUAAUACAUAUGUUAAUGAUCAUAUAGUAUGAACUUGCAUUGAAAUGUUAAGAAAGCAUUGAGAUAUUUCA